AGUUUGCUGAAUGGGCGUGCUCUAUUGGAGCCACUGAGCUGCAGCCUUAUUAUUCACUAACCGCAUCAUUUCGUAUCCAACGAGAGAAAACGUCACCCGGGAUGAAAACUCAUUAAUCUGAACGGCCAAUUAUUCAUCGUUUUUCACUCUACUCCACCUAAACCGCGUCGUUUGUACACUAACCGUCUGAAGGAGGAUCAGCAAAAAUGUUCUACACCUGUGGUCCCAACGAGGCUAUGGUGGUAUCAGGCUUCUGCCGUUCUCCACCUCUCAUGAUAGCCGGAGGCAGAGUGUUCAUCAUCCCCUGCGUUCAGCAGAUACAGAGGAUUUCCCUGAACACUCUGACUCUGAAUGUGAAGAGCGAUAAAGUCUACACCCGCCACGGAGUGCCCAUCUCUGUCACCGGGAUCGCCCAGAUGAAGAUCCAGGGUCAGAAUAAACAGAUGUUAGCUGCAGCCUGCCAGAUGUUCAUGGGAAAGUCAGAGGCUGAAAUUGCUCAGAUCGCCUUGGAGACGCUUGAAGGACAUCAGCGAGCCAUCAUCGCCCAUCUGACUGUUGAGGAAGCUCAUGCCAUGCAGGAGAAAAUAUCGGCUCAGUACAAGAAUGAGAUUGACAUGGCGAAAGCUCAAAGGGACUAUGAGCUGAAGAAGGCAGCCUAUGACAUUGAAGUCAACACUAAGAGGGCUGAAUCAGAGAUGGCCUACCAGCUGCAGGUAGCGAAGACGAAGCAGUGCAUUGAGAGUGAGAAGAUGCAGGUGCAGGUGGUUGAGCGGGCGCAGCAGAUCAUGCUGCAGGAGCAGGAGAUCACCCGCAAGGAGAAAGAGCUGGAGGCCAAGGUGAAGAAACCUGCAGAGGCUGAGCGGUACCGGCUGGAGAAGCUGGCUGAGGCUGAGCGUCUUAAGCUGAUCAUGGAGGCAGAGGCUGAAGCUGAGUCCAUAAGAGUUAAAGGUGAGGCUGAAGCAUUUGCAGUGGAGGCCAAGGGGCGUGCUGAGGCUGAGCAGAUGGUGAAGAAGGCAGAGGCCUUCAAGGAGUACAAGGAGGGCGCCAUGGUGGACAUGCUGCUGGAGAAACUGCCUUUGAUGGCAGAAGAGAUCAGCAGGCCUCUGUGUGAAGCCAAAAAAGUUACCAUGGUAUCCAGCGGAGGUGGAGAUGUGGGCGUGGCCAAACUGUCAGGAGAGGUGCUGGACAUCAUGACCCAGCUGCCUGAGGCGUUGGAGAAAAUGACUGGCGUAAACAUCUCCCAGGUGGCCUCUCAUACAGGCUGAAGAGAAUCAGCCAUGCGAUGACCAGGCAGUCCUUCCUCCCAGUGUCCAAUCAGCUGUCUGGAUUCCCUGCAUGAUUCUCUCAUCACGGCGUCAUUCUGCUGUGUGGCUGGUUCAGCUGGUUUGUGAUGUUUCUCUGUUGUGAAAAUAGUCUGAUUACAGUUACGAAUGUUAUUUCAUGUUAUGACUUUGUGCUUAGCGCUACUGCGUGCGUUUAGCCUCCAUCCAUCCUUGUACCUUCUGCUUAUCCAGUUCAGGGUCACGGGUAACAAGAAGCAGAGGAUAAUAUAAUCAUAUUUCAUGUAUUCUAUGAUGGUUUGAUGAACUUUCUUACUUUUUGAGUUUUACAUGACUGAUCUUUGUCUUUGUCCCUUUCUGUGUUUAUAUGUCACACUUCUGUCUGUGUGCCCGUUUACCAUUAAUAAUUCCUUCAUAACUCUGUGUGUGUGUGUGUGUGUGUGUGUGUCCACACUGCCUUGCUGCCAAACCUUAAGUGCUUCUUAGCAUGAGCAUGUGCUAAAACAUGCAACCAAAACCUUCAUUUACUAAUCCUACUAAUAUUGCAUAUUAUCAUAUAAUCACUGACAUGCAUUUUAACCCAUCAGUCUUUUCUCUACAUGUAUUUCUGAAAUAAAUUUGGUGUAUAAAGGUUCAGGGUGAAUAUUUCUGAUAUUAUCUGUAAACUUCAGCGUUAAUAUGUAUAGGGUUUUUAAAAUGUGUUGUCUUUCUUUUUUUUUUUCUUUUCUUACUGUUUUAUAUUUUAUGAUCCGUGGUACUUUAACAGUACGAUCUAUUGGGGCCACUUUAUUUCAGGCAUAUCAGUAAGUUAAUUAUUCUUUAUUUGUAAACUGAUGCUCCGGUGAAUCGUCUUUCUUUUCCUGUUGAGCCUCGGCUUGGAGAUAUUAGGUUAAGAUCAGCUACAGGAAAGAAAAAUGGGAUUCUGUUUGUCCCAACCAGGAGCUUCAACUGCCUUAAGUCUGUACCACCCUGCAGUCCACUAAUACAUGAUGUGUACUACAAAUCUUAAGUAAAGUGGUUCCCAGUGAUAACAGUUAUGUAGCAGCUCUCAUAAAGGUGGAGCCAGUCAGACUGAAUUUAAAUGUGUGAAAUACAGCUUUGCUUUUCAUAGUAGCAAUGAGAAUAUCCCUGUGUAUUCAUAACACAAAGUAUUUGUUAGUAUAUAACGCUUUGGCGUAAUGUGAAGCUAAAUAUUUCGAUUGUUAAGUGAGGGCAGCUCGCGCUUCAAGGAAAGGGGUGUUUGCUGCUCUGUUUAUUUUUUCUUUACGUUUGCUUGCUGUAGUUUGUGCUCUAUAUUCUACUGAAGGUGUAAUACUAGCUCUAAAGUAUUACGAUAGUACCUGUAAAGUAUCCUGAUUUGCCUUUUGUCACCACCCAAUCAAACUGUAUCCCUCUACCUCACCAUUACCCUCUGGGGCUAGUUAGGAAAAUAUCUUUAUGGACACGUUUUAAUACAUCAGAAGGGAUUUAAACACUGAAGAUGGAUAUAUGGUUUUGUUUUAACUGAGCAGUUUUGUCUCCAGCUCUAAACACUGUUUGUGACUUCUCUGCACUCCUGGUUACAGCACAACCACACGUGCUGUAAGUGUCCUGAGGGUACAUUUUAUUUUUCAUAUAUGAGUACUACUGUUAUUAUGCAUGCAUCAACACCUGUCACUCUUAUACUGUAAAGUAAUAUUGCAAAUGCAUAUGUUUGAAGUCAGGACACAGUAGGCGUGUGCAGCUUCACUGUGGAGUUACCAAAGUAGGAGAUUACCCAGCUAUAGAAAUGGAAGUGUGCUUUCAUUACUGGAUCAGCACUAAAUAUGGAUAUAUAUGUAUGUGUAUGUAUUUAUACAGUUUAUAUUUGAUACAGUAUCAGUGUAGAGCACUGUUUGCAUCACCACUAACAGCUUGACUAAUUCAUUAUAAAUGUAUUUUAGGCAGUUUAUUAGUUUUCUGUGAUGUUUCAGACCCUGUUGUGUUGCAUUCGUGAUGUUUGACCAAAGUGGAUGUUUGCUUUUUAUUUUUCUUCCGUGUACUUUAGGAAAAUGUCGUUCUGCUCUUCUAUACACAAAAUCCUUGUCAUUUAAAUGCAAAAGGGGAAACGACUUCAAUCUUUACUGUUUGUGAAAAAAGAUUUAUUGUAGCUAUUAAAUGUUCCACUGCUGUCUUUCUUUACUCACCUGUUUUUUUUUCUUCUAAUUUUAGCUUCUUUUUUCAUUUUUUUUUUUUUUUUUUCCCCAUCUGUGAGGUCUUGAAUUGUCACUGCAUAAUAAACAAUUUUCACACGCAUAAGGGGAUCCCAAUAAACGCUUUCAUCAUCA